AUGACAGUCCCAAGCUUGGUGACUGACACCUCUCACCGUGAGAUCACAGUCAUCACAAUCAACCAGCCUCAGCGAAAAAAAAAUGCUGUCGACGCCGCCACUGCCAAAGAACUUUAUGAGGCUAUCGUGUCCUUCGAAGCCGAUGCGACACAAAAAGUGUGUGUUCUUACCGGCGCAGGCAACACCUUCUGUGCUGGCGCGGACCUCCAUAGCGUGUCCCAGAAACGCGACAAUGUCACAACCAGUAACUGGACGCAAUUUGGGACCGAUGGGUCCCUCACGGCUUAUUGUCCAGAACCCGUUAUUUCCGCCGUUGCCGGGUGCGCAGUGGCGGGUGGCCUGGAGCUCAGUCUUCUUGCGGAUCUGCGCGUCGUGGAAGAAGACGCAGUUUUCGGUGUUUUCUAUCGCCGCUGGGGUGUGCCAUUGAUCGAUGGGGGAAUGGUCCGACUCCAGGCCAUCAUUGGUCUUGGGCGCGCUCUGGACAUGAUUCUCACAGGUCGGCCAGGGGGAGCCCAAGAGGCUCUCGGGAUGGGACUCGCCAACCGCGUUGUCCCCAAGGGCGAGUCACUCCAAGAAGCCCUCAAAAUUACAAACCAGCUCAUCGCGUUCCCUGAACUCUGUCUGAAAACAGAUCGUCGCUCGUGUUACUACAGCGCAUUUGAUGCAUCUUCCUUCUCCGAUGCAAUGUCUAAUGAAUUCGACACUGGGAGCAAGGUCAUCGAGGCAGAGGCCAUUGCAGGUGCGGCGAGGUUUAGCAAAGGGUCUGGAAGGCAUGGCAGCUUCAAAGACUUUAGCAAGCUUUGA